UGGCAGAGGAAAAAUAACUAGGGUUUAAGACGAGUAUUGAAGGUGAAGGCGAGAUAACGUAAUGGCGAAAUUUAACGAGGUGCAGAAGAAGAGGAGAGCAUUAAUCGCAGAGAGUAAGAGAGCAAAACAUGGGGACCCAAAUACUCGUAAGCUUAAGCAGAAGGCCCAACCUCUUUCCAUCUCCGGCAAGCGAAAACGCAAGCUGUUCAAGAAAUGGCGCAGGGAGCAAAAGGAGGCUAUAGAAAAAGGGGUGAUUACAAUGCAGGAUGUGGAGAUGGCUGUAGCUGAUGCUGCUGAUGGGAAAACUCAAGAUGCCAAUAGAACACCUGUUAAAUUUCCCAUGAAGAGCUCAAAACUUAAACUGAAGCAAUUGAAGAAGAAAGGAAAGGGAAAAAGGAAUUCUAAUAAACAAGCUACAGAAGCUUCCGUGGAUGUAAUGGUGGAGUAAGCGAGGGACAUUAGAAUCAUUUUGCUGACUGCUUGAUGGGCAAUAUGUCUUUUUUUUUUUUUUUUUGUUGUUCUGUCCCUACUUUCCUGGGAGUUAACAAGGGCUUGUAAUCUACGUUUGUAUUAGCAUCUGCUACUAGGAAAAAAGGAGGUAGGGGUUCUUAUAGUUCUUCAUGUUAGUGGUUAUAUGUUUGUAUCAUACAAUUUUGUGGAUACUAUGGAUCUUUGGGAUUAAAGAUGUUCUUAAAAGAGCUCAUAACUGAGCCUGUUUGUCAGAGCUAGUCAA